GGCGCCAAGCCCUCCAGCGCCCCGGACCCCCGAGCAACCUACCGAGCAACCCCCACCACUUUCUCAUCACCCCCGCCUUCUCGGCCCAGCUGCACUCCGCAUCCAGGUAGACUUCGAUUGACCAUCACUGCAACCCUGCCACUCUACCGACCCCUACUAAAGACGAAGCGCGUCAUCAGGUGCUCUGAGGAACACCUUUCUCUGACCGGCUAUUCUCUUCCGCUCAGCUUCCUGAUCUCGUGUCAUUUCAGCCCGCUACCCAUCAGCGAUACCUACUCGUGCGCAACCGAAGAAGUCAACCCAACCCAACACCCCAUCCGUGACCACCACCGCUCCGAUAUCUGUAGUAGUGUUCGAGUCGACGACGACCAUGGCCGACCAAUCCGAGACCGGCCUCCCGCCCAACUGGGAGGUGCGCCACAGCCAGUCCAAGAACCUGCCCUACUACUUCAACGCGGCCGAGAAGGUUUCCCGCUGGGAGCCGCCCGCAGAGACCGAUACAGAGAAGCUCAAGAUCUACAUGGCCGAGUACCACAGCAACAAAGGCCUGGCCACGGGCACCGGCGAGGACCGCCAGCCGGGUAAAAUCCGCGCCGCCCACCUGCUCGUCAAGCAUCGUGACAGCCGCCGACCCUCGAGCUGGCGUGAGAAUACCAUCACCCGCAGCAAGGAGGACGCCUACGAAAUUAUCAAGGCUCACGAGGUCCGCAUCAAGAACGGCGACAUUUCGCUCGGCCAACUCGCCCUCACCGAGUCCGAUUGCAGCAGCGCCCGCAAGCAGGGAGAUCUGGGGUUUUUCGGCCAGGGAGACAUGCAAAAGGAAUUCGAGGACGCCGCGUUCGCGUUACGGGAAGGCGAGGUGUCCGGGAUUGUUGACACAGCCAGCGGGCUACACCUGAUCGAGAGGCUCGAGUAAGCCUCCUUGAACGAGUUGCGAAGGAUCUGGUCCUGUAUGGUUUGCCACGCAUUUGCCUGAGAACACUAGCAGCCAUAGCGUGCCUGUUACAGCAAGAUUACGUUGAUGUGCCACGCUGAUAAGAACCG